AGAUUAAACAAAAUUGUGAGGUUGAAAAACAAGAGUGGUUUUCUUUCUAGAUUGUGAGAGAGAGAGUGUGUGUGAGAUUUUCAUUGAUUUCUGGUUUUCCGAUCAUCUUCUUCUUCCCCUUUCCCCCUCUGUAACAUCCCGCUUCUCUGUAUCCCUUUCUGUAAAUCAUCUGUUUUUCAAAACAAGUUUUCAUUCUGGUUUUGGGUUUGUGAUUUUUGUCUUCAUUAAAAACAAACUUAGACAGGGUUAUUUCUUGGAAACCCAGGUGCUUUCAGGAUACAGAUCCAGGUUUUCUUCACUUCUUCUUCUUCUUAAUUUGGUAUUUUUAUUUGUUUUUUUAAGUUUGAUUUCAAAGAAAUCACCUUACAGGGUAAUUUUUGAAUCCCUCAAAAGGUCGAUUUGUUUUCAGAUCUGGGUCUAGAAAGUUGGGUUCUUUAUUUGCAGAAACCCCUUUUGAUUGAUCCUUUCAAUUACUUAUCUUUUAUUAUACCUUUGUUGUUUGUUUUCUUGAAACUAACAAUGGCAGCUGCAAUGGAUUUGUGGUAUAGUAGUAAUAGUAAUAGUAUGGAAUCCUUUUAUACAGAGUCUGAUCUCUUUAAAGGAGGUGAACUUAUGGAAGCUCUCGAGCCUUUUAUGAAGAGUGCUUCCCCUCCCCCUUCUUCUUCUUUCUCCCCUUCUUUCUUUUCUUCUUCAUCUUCUCCACCAGAUUCUUCUCUAUCUACUUCCAAUUCCUUCUUCUACCCUUCAAAUCCCUUCCAGUCAUCAUACCCAGAUGGCUCUCAUCUCAGUUCUUCAUCUUUAUCUUUAUCUUCAUCCCAAAAUCCCAAUUUCUUCUCUAAUGAUACUCUUGGUCUAAACCAAUUGACUCAAUCUCAGAUCCAACAGAUCCAGUCUCAGAUCCAGCAUCAAAACCAUCAUCAUCAUCAAGCUUUGGCUUCUGUAAACAACAGUUUUCUUGGACCUAAACCUGUUCCGAUGAAGCAGAUCGGCUCUCCUCCAAAACCCACCAAACUCUACAGAGGAGUAAGGCAGAGGCAUUGGGGGAAAUGGGUAGCUGAGAUCCGUCUUCCCAAGAACAGGACAAGGUUAUGGCUUGGAACCUUCGACACAGCUGAAGAGGCGGCGUUGGCCUACGACAAGGCGGCGUAUCAGCUCCGAGGUGACUUUGCUAGGCUGAAUUUCCCAAAUCUCCGUCACAGUGAAACCCACAUCGAAGGAGAGUUCGGUGAAUAUAAGCCACUUCAUUCCGCCGUCGAUGCGAAACUCCGGGAUAUCUGCCGGAAUUUGGCAGAAGGAAAGAGCAUUGACAGGAAGAAAUCCAAGAAACCGGCGGCUGCUAAGGUUUCUGCCGAGAGAAGCUCGUCUUCCUCGGACAGCGAGGAGUCGGCGGGGUCGCCGGAGUUUCAGAUUCCUUCGCCGGAGUUUGAGAUUGCGUUGCCGGAGUUCAGGGAUGAGGAACCUGGUGGUUGGGAGAAGCUGAUGUUGCAUAAGUAUCCAUCUUAUGAGAUAGAUUGGGCUUCUAUUCAAUAAUUAAUUAAUUAAUUAAUUAGGUCAUUUUGUAAUAAUAAAUAAUAAUAAUAAUAGUAGUAUUUAAAUUUGUCACUUUUUUAAUUUUAGCCAUGGAUGGUUGUUAAAAGCUACUUUUUUAAUAUUGGCUUUUAAACAACCCAUGGGUCAUUUUCUGUUUGUAUUAUUCUUCUUCAGUCUGUAUUAAUGUAAUAUUUAUCUUUUUUA